AUGGCUUCCUCCUCGCUUUCCUAUAUUCUUAUUUUGUCGGUGUUGAUGGCGAUAUGUACUGCAAAGAGCACUUCUGAUGUUGAAAUCGUCGGUCCCUGCGUAAACAGCCAUUGCCCACAUACCUACGAAUGUCAGCGGAAUGAAUGUAUCCGUGAGAGACCAAAAGCUCGCCCUGGAACCGUCUCCAUCGGACCAUGCAUCAACACUCAAUGUCCAGUUGGACACUUUUGUUUGGGUCAGGAGAACCAGUGCUAUCCAUCGAAAUAA